AUGGAACUCACUUGGCUUGCGGACAUCCCCCAGGCACGGGGUCGCACUCGAGCCUUGAGAGCUUGUCCCGCCUGUCAACGAUCCAAAAAACGGUGUCGGCAUUUAAUGCCCAAAUGGGAACCCUUCAAUGAUCACAAUCGACGACCACCGUCCCAAUUGUAUGAAAACGGCCCCAUGGACCCCGUCCAUGCCAAUGACUCGAAUAGUGAACGGCGUCCUACAUCCGCGCACACAGACCGAGCACGGAUUGCAUCCGAUAGUCCAGCUUCGCCAUCGGUCCCUACCACCGAGCGAUUUGUGGGGGACCUCAAUCCAGAGUCCCUAAUUCGAGAAAGAUUGAAUGAGCCAACUGGGAACCCUCUACGGGAUCGUAUCGGGCUCUGGAUCAACUCCCCAGCUGCGCAGAAGGCGAAAACUCAUGGCGUGCAGAGAGCGCAACUCACGGAUGCAGUAUCUACAACCGGUUUCCCACCCCAAAUGGCAAGCGAUAGCCAAUCCAUCGCGUCGGUGCUGCAUGAACGAUUUGCUGCGGGGAUGCAGGCAUGCGAACAACUGCCCUUGGCAACGCGGCAGUCUUUGUCCGGUAUCUAUUUCUCCAAGGUCAACCACAUUGUGCCAAUAGUAGAUCAGCAAUUGUUCCAUGCACAAGUAGAGGGCUCAGCAUCCUUAUUCCUCGAAAAAGCCAUAUGCCUAACCGCAGCAAAGACCCGUAUAGCCCGUCCUCACUUACGCCUUGUGCCAGACGGCCCAAUCUUGUCAUCGCGCCAGUUCUGUUCCGAGAUUUACAAAGGACUGGUUGUGGCCAUGGACACAGAGUUGGAAUCGGACCGAUUGACACGGAUUCGCAUUCUUGCACUGAUGUCUUUGCAUUGUGAGGGGUACGAAGGGGCCGAGGCAGCAUCUCUCCAUCUCUGUCAAGCGAUUCACCAGGCCCAGACAGUAGGACUGCAUCUUGGCCGGCCAGACCAAACAUCCACGGAUCCGUUGACGAAACUUUUCUGGUGUUUAUGGACACUGGACAAGAUGCAUGCAAGCAUCGGUGGCCGGCCAGUUCUCCUUGCUGAUCGCGAUAUCGGGGUUGCCAAACCCAAUGUCCAUGGCCAGGCUCCACGAGGGGCCUUUGAGGUCUGGCUUUCUGUCUCAGAUCUGCUCGCAACUGUGAUUUCAUUCUAUCGACCCUCCGCAGAAACUACCGGUGGAUGGGAAGAAGGGUUCCCUGCGUUUGAGGAUAUAGUGGGGGAGCAUACUCAAGAAGACCUGGAUUUCGUGACUCUAAGUUUCUUAGAGCUUUAUUAUCAUUCGGUUGCUAUCUUGUCCUGUCGAUACAAACACACCGAGAACAUCGAUAGCACGAGGCUUUCGUCUAUCAGACAAGGACUAGCAGCUGUUCGCAUUCACUCUCUCGUCGCAUCGGAGUGUGCGGACGACCUACCACCCCUCCCAAUCGUGCCAUACUCAAUCACCUUAUCGAUGGGUGUCUCAUACCGACAACUCCGGUCAAGCAGGCUUAUCACGCACCUUGACCGAGCCAAAGCCAGUCUGAAGGCAUGUCGCUCGCUGCUGGAGGAUUUAAGCCGGUAUUGGUAUUCCGCCGAGGCUAUGGCCAGGCUAGGCCAAAAAGCACUAGACCAGAUUCAAAACCAGCCACACUCUUCUCGGGCAGAUCCCGUCCAUCCACAAAGGGAGGUGGUGGAGUCUCCGUACAGACAUAGUAACACCGGUGGCUCGGCAUCGGGGAGGCAGGAGACAAUCAAUUUUAUAUCCCAUGACAAUGAUUCUCACCGAGCCAAAAGGCAGCGCAAUAACAGCCAUGGAAUGCGAACGCUACCCCCCGCGGCGGGUAUUACAAUAGAUGACCUUCAGCCUCCGAGAGAGGAUGUGGAUGCAUCACCGCACGACGGGUUUGCAGAUAUCGAUACACUGUUUGGAGAGUUCCUAGAUAUCUCCCUCCCUACUCACUUCUGGGAUCCUAUCUUUAUGGAGGAAACACAAGGGCCAAUGGACGAUCCGCAGUCAUAA